UGUUUCAAUAGGAACACUAACUUUAAUUACAUUGAAUUAAUAAAGUACAAUAUUUGCCUGACAUUAGGAGGAGUAGUAAAGUAGGCUAUCUUGAACUUGUAUUAAAGUAGGCUACUUAAAAAUCUUCUCGCUGUCAUCAUAACUCAAUUAGCUUGGGACUACUUUUGUCCUCUUUCAACGGCCCCUUCUGGGUCCCUCGACCCUAGCAUGGAAUCCCCUACCCGGAAAUGGGUGUUGGAGCCACCGUCACACCACCGUCGACACACUGCCUGCUGGGAUGAGGCUCGCCACCGGAGAACUACAGAGAUUUCUACACAUCUGAGAUCGUUUCACAAUCUCUGCGAUAACUCGUCGAAACCCCCCGAUACAAACACACAGUUUCCACAGGAAGGAGGACCGAGGCGCGCUGCCAACAUGAUGGAAGAAAAAGACAGAUUCCAGGUGCCCAGUGCCGUGCAGGAAGCAGAGAUGCAGGCGGAGAUGCAGCCGCUGGACCCGGCCUCGUCCACGGCUUCAGAGGCGGACUCCGACACCCGAGAGGGGGAACCUGUCACCAUCAACUACAAGCCCUCUCCCCUGCAGAGGAAAAUAGAGAAACAGAGAGAUCUGGCUAGGAAGGGCUCAUUGAAGAACGGCACGGCUGUAGGAAGUCCCGUGAACCAGCAGCCGAAGAAGAACAACGUCAUGGCUCGCACACGGUUGGUAGUGCCUAACAAAGGCUACUCCUCUUUAGACCAGAGCCCAGAUGAGAAGCCCUUGGUGGCCAUAGACACAGACAGUGAUGAUGAUUUUGACAUGUCUAGAUACUCAUCGUCAGGAUACUCCUCUGCUGAGCAAAUCAAUCAGGAUCUGAACAUCCAGCUGCUGAAAGAUGGUUACCGCCUAGACGAGAUCCCCGACGACGAGGACCUGGAUCUGAUCCCGCCUAAAUCAGUCAACCCCACCUGCAUGUGCUGCCAGGCCACCUCCUCCACCACCUGUCAAAUACAGUAACCCCGCCCCUCUGACCUUCUGCCCCCCCCCGUCCCCCUUUCACACAAUAUAACCCCCAAUCUUCAUCUGCUGUGAGUUUACUUCGCCUACACAGUGGUGACAGUGAAGUAUUGGUAGAGUAUUUUAAUGACAGUUAAGUGCUAUGAUGACAAUGAGGAGUAAUCCGAUUAACAUAUAGAGUAUUUGGUUUAACAUAUAGGAGAAGGAAGACAGUUGAAAAUAUUCAAUGUAUUUAAGUAGAAGUGGUGGUUUCCUCCUAUGGUAGGACGUGUUCGAGAGCCCUUCUCCUGGUGAACAUGAUGUAACACACUAAUAUUAGUGGACAGAAGGUCAAUUGAUGCUAUAAAGAGAAAUCCAUUUCCCUGAAGAAUAACAAACAUCAUAACUGAUGACUCAACGGUUUCUUUCUGGGUUGCAUUUUUCUAGUUUUUUUAAUUUUGUUUUUAUUUAAUGCUUUCCUUUUUUUAAGACUGAUGAUACUUUUGAUUGUAUGUGCUGACAUGGAGAUGUUUUAGAGGUGUGGAGUAGCGGAUAUCUGGUACCAUAUUCAUUGUACUGUACGGGGUUGUUAUGUAGCACAGGUUGCACUCAUUCACUCACCCUCAACACUUAUUGGCUGGAUAUGUUUAAGGCAGAGUUUAGAGAUGAACCUGUGAACAUGAAUGGCUUAGGAACUAAUUGCAUGAAGAGCACUGGACUGAUACAUAAGUUGAAAAUAAAAAGGAAGUAGCUGGUUGCACAUUUCAUUUCUGCCCUAUUUUGAUUGUGCAACCUCUUGACUGGUAUUGUUUGAAUUUGCACAUUUUUUCUUUUGUUGGGCUCACAUCUGUGUUCUCUUCCCUGCAUAGCAGUGACAGUGUCUUAUCUGAAAUGAACUGUGUCAAAAGGGAAAGAUUACAUAUCGCUGCACGACCCUCUAACACAUGAUACACAUGUUAUCAAGGCCAAAGGAACGUGGGGUGACCUUAAGAUAGAUUUUUCCUUAAACACUGCUGUACACCCCAUAGUAUAUAUAUUCUCCAUCACUGGACACUUUUCCCCAUAUCUGUUUGAUAAAUAAAGGAUUUUAAAGAGAGCACACAGACAUAUGCAUGUAUACUGACAUACAAUGCCAACAUAGUGUCCGUUUCUCAAUAUCGAGCCACUAUUUCAAGUAUACUACGUCAUCGAGUGGCGCCGAAUGCUGGGCAUGCAU